UCUACAACAUCCAAGCUUGAACUUGCUUUCUGCUUCUUCCUUCUUCGUCUUUUGUUCUAUAUUUCUCUCAUAUCACUUAAAGAGAAAAAAACAACAACCAAAAAAAAGACACAAAAACUAAAGAGAGUUUCGUUAUCACUAUCUUCCCUAAACCUCACAUACAUAUAAUCAAAUAUCAUCAGAAAUGUCUUGCCUAGAGAUAUAUAACAAAGACACGAUGAAGAAGAAAGAAGGAGAUGAAGAAACAAGAGAUGGGACUGUGGAUUUCUAUGGUCGUCCCUCUAUUCGUUCUAACUCAGGCCAAUGGGUUGCUGCCAUCGUCAUUCUUCUGAACCAGGGGUUGGCGACACUAGCGUUCUUUGGAGUUGGAGUGAAUCUGGUGCUGUUCCUAACGCGCGUUUUGCAACAAAACAACGCAGACGCAGCGAACAAUGUUAGCAAAUGGACAGGAACAGUUUAUAUCUUCUCAUUGGUCGGAGCGUUUCUUAGCGAUUCCUACUGGGGUCGUUACAAGACGUGUGCUAUCUUCCAAGUCAUUUUUGUCAUUGGACUUUCAUCGCUAUCGCUAUCAUCGUACAUGUUCUUGAUCAGACCAAUAGGUUGCGGGGACGAAGUCACACCUUGUGGCUCGCAUUCCAUGAUGGAGAUCACAAUGUUCUACUUCUCCAUCUACUUGAUCGCAUUAGGAUACGGUGGUUACCAACCUAACAUUGCAACUCUUGGAGCGGAUCAGUUCGAUGAGGAACAUCCUAAAGAAGGGUACUCAAAGAUCGCCUUCUUCAGCUACUUCUACCUUGCUUUGAACCUCGGUUCACUCUUUUCAAACACAAUCUUGGGAUAUUUUGAAGACGAGGGAAUGUGGGCGCUCGGUUUUUGGGCGUCCACUGGCUCUGCUGUCAUUGCUUUGAUUCUUUUCCUCGUUGGAACACCGAGAUACCGAUAUUUCAAGCCCACGGGUAAUCCUCUUUCGAGGUUUUGCCAAGUUUUGGUCGCUGCAACGAAGAAAUCAUCGGUGGAGGCGCCAUUACGAGGGAGAGAGGAGAUGUAUGAUGGAGACAGCCAAGGGAAAAAUGCUUCUGAAAAUACAGGAAGGAGGAUAAUGCAUACUGAUGAAUUCAAAUUCUUGGACAAAGCAGCGUACAUCACCGCGAGAGAUCUAGAUGACAAGAAACAAGACGCAGUGAACCCAUGGAGGCUCUGUCCGGUGACACAAGUUGAGGAAGUCAAGUGCAUUCUUAGACUGAUGCCAAUUUGGCUAUGCACUAUUAUCUACUCAGUGGUCUUCACCCAAAUGGCAUCUCUCUUUGUGGAGCAAGGCGCUGCGAUGAAUACCAAUAUCUCUGAUUUCAAAAUCCCUCCCGCAAGUAUGUCCAGCUUUGACAUCCUUAGCGUCGCUCUGUUCAUAUUCUUAUACAGAAGAGUUCUCGAGCCAGUCGCCAACAGAUUCAAGAAGAAUGGAUCAAAAGGAAUCACUGAGCUUCACAGGAUGGGAAUCGGGCUUGUGAUUGCUGUCAUCGCUAUGGUUGCUGCUGGAGUUGUGGAAUGCUAUAGGCUUAAGUAUGCAGACAAGAGUUGCACUCACUGUGACGGCUCAAGCUCCUUGAGCAUCUUCUGGCAGGCUCCACAAUACUCGCUCAUAGGGGCAUCAGAAGUGUUCAUGUACGUGGGUCAGCUUGAGUUCUUCAACGCGCAGACACCAGACGGACUAAAGAGCUUCGGGAGUGCUCUAUGUAUGAUGUCAAUGUCAAUGGGGAACUUUGUGAGUAGCUUGUUGGUGACAAUGGUGGUGAAGAUCUCUACAGAGGAUCACAUGCCUGGUUGGAUUCCAAGGAACCUCAACAAAGGUCACUUGGACAGAUUCUACUUCCUCUUGGCUGCAUUAACCAGCAUUGACCUGGUAGUAUACAUUGCAUGUGCGAAGUGGUACAAAUCUAUACAACUAGAAGGAAAAAAUGAGAUGCAAGACAUGAGUGAUGAUGAUGAGGAUGACUCCAAGAGUGAAGAGGAACGAGAGAAGGAUUCUAAAGUCUAACAAACGUGUGGUUUUGUUUUCAGUUUUUCCGGUCAUGUGUAAAACAACAAACUGAUUCAUAAUAAAAAGGCUAAAUCGGAUUAGUCUUUUUCGUCGAAAAGUCUACUUCUUUAAAAUCCUAAGCCAUAAAGACUUAACUGUCAUGUAUUAUGUGGAUUACUCUUACCAGUAAGUAAUAAGAUGAGUGAGACAGAAAUCUUCCAUGA